AUGGUUGAAUCUUUAUCAUCACUCAACUGGACAGUAGAGAUUGCAGAAGGGAAGGCAAUUCGUACAAAUGACAGUCCUCUUAAGGAAGAAACUUGUGAUAAAAAUCCGGGACACGAAAAUAUGGUUCCUUUCAAAGAUUUAAAACUAUCUCAUUUACCUGAAAACAACAGAACUGAAGAAAAAUUGGAUAAAUUACGGCGUAUGGGUAGAAGAGUUGUAAAACUGGAAGUUAAACGAUUUGAAGAAGGAAAAGGGACAUUAGUGAAGAAAGACAAUCAUAUUUGCGUCGUGGCAGAUAAAAAACUUAUUAAAACCGAUGAGGACAUUAAAAACUGCACGUUUAAAUUCCAACUAUGCGACCAUAUGAAGAUCUGUCGUGGUGAAAAAGUGUACCGCACAUACGAGGACACGGUGUUGUUUACUUUUCACCCAACGCUGGAUUUUGGUGAAUUUGAAAAGUGUACAAGUAAAUCAGCGACUUUAGAAGUUUUCAAACAUAGAUGUGGAACAGGUUUUGCUGGUAAAUAUAAAGAUCAGUAUACAAUUAAAACAAAUAACCACGUAGUAAGAACAGAUGAUGACAUACGCAAUUGCACUGUAUAUUUCAAUUUUGACGAAAGUGAUGGAAAUGCGAUAGUUUGCCGAGGCGAGGAUUUGCAAUGGACAUGUCCGUUCAGAGAUGUAACAUUGUUUUCAUUGAAAACUAUUCCCAAGUUUCUUGAAGAGAUGGAUAUAGUAAAUUUUGGUAAUUUAUUCCCAACUGUUGAAAUAUUGUAUAAUAACGGUAGUAAAAAUACAACCUGUAUUUGCAGCUAUGAGGAUAAAAAUGAUACGUUACACUAUGGUAUUAAUAUCAAUAUCAAUAGUCCAAAGAUUCAGGAUAUUAAAUUGAUAUUUCCCGAUGAUACUCGUAGUUAUCCGAGCAGUCAUUAUCUUCUGUUUGAUCCCAUUCCUAAUAACAUUAAAUCUCUGACACAGUCUAACGAUACGUUAGAGAUAGAGAUGCUAGAUAAAGAUUUUUCGGGGACAUAUGUCUGCAUAGAGAAUACGUAUUGCAUUAAACUCAAUGAAUCAACAACGAUUAAAGAAUCAAAGCAAAUGAAACUUCGUUUCCCCGAUAAUUUCAUCAGUCAUGGUAUAGGUGUUUAUUUUGAAAACAAAGAUUAUCGGGAUUUCUUUUUGGAAGGAAAUGAUUUAGACCCAAGCCUGGAAAGAAUAUACUUCUUUGAACUAAAACCAAGAACUAAUGAAAUGGACUUAUUUUUGCAUUCUGUAAGACAACUAGCAGCAGAUAGAUCUAACACUGAAGAUUUCUGUGUUAUAGGACAUCCCCAUGGUAAAAUAAAAACUGUAUCUUUCGGACAUCAUUUAGCUUAUAAAACAGAAAUAAUUCAUGAUGUCGGAGAAGAAUUCCGUUAUGUUCCAUGUAGGUUCUAUUCGUGUCCAACAUGUCCUGGAUGCAGUGGAGCUCCUGUGUUCAUGCUAGCAAGUGUGGACGCUAAAAAGACUUUUGGAACGACACACUUUAUGGGUAAAAAAAAGAAAAUCUUGCGAUUGACGGAAGAAAGGUUAAUACAAAUAAUUUAA